GUACUCCGGUACGUGCGUCCGUCUGCGCCCCUGCUCGAAACACAAUAGUGACAAGCGAAUUCCCGUAGUGAUAUCGGUCGCGGUCGCUUCAUUGCGCUGUGCGGACAGCAGCCGGUAGCGGCCAGUCUUGCGCUCGCACUCUCGCAGUGAAACGCGUACGAGCUUCAGUCAUGUUUGGAUAGCGCGCGCAGAUGGACGUCGCGAACAUAUCGCCGUCGCUGCGGCUGCGCGGCGGCGUCAACAGUCACUGUGACAGUAAAAAACAUGAGUUGAACAAGUGCACUAGUGCCAUGUCGGAGGAGACGCAGCGCCUGCUGCCGCCCACCACCGAGACCAUCAUGACCAAGCCGUUCCCCAUACGAGGGGAGCGAGCCAACUAUGUGAACAUACCGCAUGUGAUCGCGAUGGUGGGGCUGCCGGCGCGCGGCAAGACAUACAUAUCCAAGAAACUGUCCAGAUACCUCAACUGGAUAGGGAUCAACACCAGGGUGUUCAACCUGGGCGAGUACAGACGACACGCGACCACCGCGUACACAAGCCAUGAGUUCUUCCGCGCGGACAACAAGGAGGCAAUGGCCAUCCGACAGCAGUGCGCACUCGACGCGCUGCACGACGUCUGCGAGUGGCUCUCUAAGGGCGGCGAGGUUGCUGUGUUUGACGCGACAAAUUCGACGCUAGACCGGCGGCGCAUGAUCCGCGACAUCGUGGUGCACAAGAUGGGCUUCAAACUGUUCUUUGUCGAGUCCAUAUGUGAUGACCCCAGAAUUAUAGAACAAAAUAUUAUGGAAGUGAAAGUGAGCAGUCCGGACUACACCAACAUACAGAACACGGACAACGUCUUGAACGACUUCUUGCUCCGGAUAGAGCAUUAUAAGGAGAAGUACGAACCCCUGGACGAGAGUUUGGAGUCGGACUACAGCUUUAUGAAGAUAUACGACACCGGGGAGAAGGUGGUGGUGCAUAAACACGAGGGGCAUAUACAGAGUCGCAUCGUGUACUACCUGAUGAACAUACACAUUGUGCCCAGGACUAUUUAUUUGACUAGGCACGGCGAGAGCCUGCACAACCUGCAGGGCCGCAUCGGCGGCGACAGCGCGCUGUCCCCGCGCGGGCGGCAGUACGCGCGCGCGCUGGCCGGCUACAUCGAGGCGCAGCGCAUCCCCGGCCUGCGCGUGUGGACGUCGUGGAUGCGCCGCGCCAUCCAGACCGUCACCGACGUGCGCGCGCCGCAGGAGAGGUGGAAGGCGCUCAACGAGAUCGACGCGGGCAUCUGCGAAGAGAUGACGUACGCGGAAAUCCAGCAGAAGUACCCGGCGGACUUCAACGCUCGCGACGCGAACAAGUUCGCGUACCGCUACCCGCGCGGGGAGAGCUACGAGGACCUGGUGGCGCGCCUCGAGCCCGUCAUCAUGGAGCUGGAGCGGCAAGGCAACGUGCUCGUCGUCUCGCACCAGGCCGUCAUGCGCUGUCUGCUGGCCUACUUCCUCGACAAGUCGGCCGAGGAGUUACCGUACCUCCACGUGCCACUGCACACUGUGAUCAAGCUGACCCCAGUCGCGUACGGAUGUCGCGAGGAGCACAUCCAGUUGUCAGUGGACGCGGUGGACACGCACCGGCCCAAGCCUUCUGUGAUACCAGCGCCGCCUAUAAAGCCUCCCGUCCCUCCGGUACUCAACGGGGACACGAACGGGGAACAGAGUGAGGAUAGCCCGUCUCACUAACAACUGAACCUUAGCUCUAUAGAUAAUUAUAUAUUGUCUAUGACAAUUGGGUAUUUUUUCGAAAUAAAAUAAAAAAAAUAUAUCGUGGUUCGAGUUGUCUAUGACUGCGUAGUAGCUAUGAUACAGUGUGGUGCACAAUACGCAAAAUUAUAUAGUCUUAUAGAAGCAAUCGAUUGUCCAUGGUUUAUAUUAAUAUCGAUAAACUAACGUUAAUAUCGAUAUUUCUAAUAAGCAGGAUUUUCAAAUCUCAAAUAUUAUUUAAUGGUAUAAUAUUAAGCAUACCAAGAAAAUAAUACAUAAUGUCUUCAAUAUUUGCUAGAAUAUAUUCCUCUAAGACUAUAUGGUUUUUGUAUUAUACAGAUUAUUGGUUAUACAUAUUUAUUAUGUUGAUAAGUUAAAUAACUUAAAUAAUUAGUUCAUGAAAGGGCAGGCAGGUGAGUGCCUUAAAUAGUUGAAUUUUCAAUAAUUUAUUACUCUGUUUUAUUCAGAUAUUUUGACAAAUGUUGACAAUAUGAUGAGCUAUACAAGGUGCCCCUGUCUACUCCACAGGAGUUACAUGUAAUGCAAAUAUUUACAUCAUAAAAUAUUUAAAAAAUCCACCAUGAAGAGGAAAUAAAUAUUUUAACCAUUGCUUUCAAAUACUUACCCUAUUUCACUUAGGUAUAAUAUUGUGAUAAUUUGAAUAUUCAAUACUAUAAGUUAUUCCUUAAAGCUUAUUAACCUCUGGCUUAUUGCUUUUGUAAAUAAGCCUGCCAUAUUUAAUAAAAAAUAAAAACAAAUUCACUAACUGUCAACUUUACAAAACACAGGGUGUUUUCCUACAGCAGGAUUUAACUCCUUCAAAAAAAUAUGCAGUAAUAGUAAUUAUUAGAAUUAUUUCAAGGAAAAAUGCACCGUAUAUACUCAUGCUUUAUAUAGUAUUUUCGCACAGGCAAAUAAGCUAAAUACGCCUUAUUUAGUCUAUUUAAAACCUAACUUACACGUUGCAAGUGCAUAAUUCUCAAAUUUCGGCUACCUACUUGAAUCACUCAGGGCGUCCCAUUUUCCAAAUGUAUUCUAUCCUCUUCAUGGUGGCACGUGCAACGUGCACCACUCUGCCGUGAAGUCGACGAAUUUGAGACUGAUAAGUGAGUUUAGAUUUUUAAAUUUUAAGUCAGGUUAUCAUUGUAUGGUAUAUAGGUUGGUGCAAAAAUAAGUUAUCUUAACGGCAUGUAAUGGGAUAAAGAUAGUGUUUUAAUAGUAAAUGAAAAAAAACUUAAUUAGCUUUGGGUAAUUGAAUAUUUAUGUUUGUGUCAAAUUGGAAAUAUUCAUUUUUGAAUCAGAAUCGACAAAAAAGUUGUCUAUGUAUGAAAAAUUAAUAAGAAAAUUGAAAAUCCAAUUCUCUAUUUUAUUAAUAAACUGAAGUCAUAUUUUUAUUGGGGAUUUCAGUUGGUACCUUCUUUUUGCAUCACCUGUACAACAGCCGCGACACCAGAGUUAGCGAGGGGACAGUACCGCUUUCUGUUAAACAGAACCUUAUUUAUUCUUUAUUAUUUUUGGCUCAGCCGUGUGCGCGUGCGUGAAACGAACGCGUUAUGCCCCCGAGCUUUCUAUUUUUAUAAUCUAACAUGUUUUAUCUCCCUUUCCUGUUUAAUAUUUAAUAAUGGUGAAAAUGUUAUGUUCUUACUUAAAAUCCAAUGUUUUUUGUUUGUUAAAUGUUUGAUUGGUUUUCUUUUUUUUUUAUGCCCGAACCGCAUCGAAAUCAAUCCAGUAGUUCCUAAAGUUUUGUUUUGUAGUUGAGUAAAAACGUAAUAUUUUCGCCCGAACCAGCUAAGUUAUAAUAUCGACUAAAGUAAGAAAUUUUUACAUUGUGGCUAUGUAUAUUAAAUGUAAUUUUAUUGUAAAAUUGUAAUUUAAUUUUUAUUUAAAUAUAAGUAUAUUUUAAGUGGGA